CUUGUGACACCUGAGGAUGGCAUUUAUGGCUGGGUCUUCACAAAGGAAACAAUAUACUUUUAUCUUGAGGAUAUCCCAGAUCCACAGGUGGACUGGAUUCCAUGUACUGAUCUGGAAAGAUUCACUCCUUUACCAGUGCAGAAGAGGUUGAACUKUCUGGCAAGAAAUAACUCUGUCUAUGUGGUUGCAAAUAUGGGAGACAAGAAGCUUGGCAAUUCCAGUGAUCCAAGGUACACAAGUCACUUGGUCACUAUUGAUGGUCACUAUCAAUACAAUAUCAAUGUUGUCUUCGAUUCAGAAGGRAAAUUGGUGGCUCGUUAUCACAAGGCCACUCCYCAUGAACUGCAGGGCUCAGGCAGUGGUAUUUAUGCCCCAGGUGGCCCAAGAGCAUUUCAUUAUAACACAGAAAUGGAAAAUGGUCACCUCCUGGUGACAGAACUGCAUUCACACCCACGACUGUCUCUCACCUAUCCUGCUGCUGUUAACUGGCAUUUGUAUGCCAGCAGCGUCUAAAGGCUCCCACCAAAUGACCACCAUUUCAGUGGAGUUGUUUACCGUGAUCUCUUCUCCUUCAGUGAACUCACUGAACCUGAGGGAAGUCUUGCUGUUUGCCAGCAGGGCUUCUGUUGCCAUUUGAGUUACAAGAUGGUAAAGAAACAAGAUGAUGACAUUUAUGGUUUAGGUGCCUUUGAUGGACUACAUGUUGAAGGAGAAUAUUAUUUGCAGGUAUGCAUGCUGCUGAAGUGUAAAAGCACAGGCCAGAAAAGCAGUGGGCAKCCCGUGGAAAGYRCUCAGACCAAGUUUGACAUGUUCUCCCUGAGCGGCACGUUUGGCACUAGCUACGUCUUCCCAGAGGUCCUGUACAGUGGGGUUCAGCUGGACCCUGGGGAAUAUCAGGUGCUACCUGAUGGACGUCUGAUAGGUCAGGCUCAUACAUCUAGGCCAGUUUUGAGUGUAAUGCUCUUUGGGAGGUGAUAUGAAAAGGACCCACGACAUACAAAAGAAGCUUCACUAUAA